AGCGCGGCUUGAUGAUGUUUCCCUUUCCCGUCCCCGAGCGAUGACACCUCCGUUCACAUGCGCACUGAGAGCAGUGUUUGUUUACCUCUGACGGUCGGGAGUUUUUAAAGUCCCCGAGUUUGGGUUCGCAAGCGCCCGCCUGUCCCUGACCGGAUCUCGAACCACCCGCCUGAUCCGCGACCGGAGACCUAGCCGCCGUUCAGUCCGGGACUCGAGCCGUCGCCUGUCCCUUCACCCAAGGCCCGUGCCGCCCGCCGUGCACUGUCCCUUGACCUUGCUCCGAGUCGCCCGCCUUCGGUGACCGGGGCCUGAGCUGCCGUACGGUCCGGCACUCGAGGCGUCCGCUGUCCCUUCACCGAGACCCGGCCCACCCGCCAGUUCCGUGACCGGGGCCCGAGCCGGCCGUAUCGGACGGUGGAGCGUGGAGAUGGAUGAAAGUAAGGCAGUGGGAGGAAAAGUGAAGAAACCAGGAAAGCGAGGGCGAAAACCUGCGAAAAUUGAUUUAAAGGCAAAGCUAGAAAGAAGUCGCCAGAGUGCUCGAGAAUGCCGGGCAAGGAAGAAGCUGCGUUAUCAAUAUUUGGAAGAACUUGUAUCUAGAAGAGAGAGAGCAAUUUGUGCUCUGAGAGAAGAGCUGGAGAUGUACAAGCAAUGGUGUACAGCAAUGGAUCAAGGGAAGAUACCAUCAGAAAUAAAAGCACUUUUGACAGGGGAUGAUCAGAGCAAAGCACAACAGUCUACAAACAAGUCAGGAAAGACAAGAACGGAAGGAAAUGCCAAUUUGUCUUAAUUACCUGAGAAUGGUGCCAUGGAAAGGACCAGCAAAAUCAAUCCAUUGUUCUUCAGUUAAACCAAUAUUGUGUAAAGUGGACAAAUUAUCAGAAGAUAAAAGAAAUUGAUUGCAUCCUUCGAGUUCUGACAGCGCUGUAUAUCUGUAAAUCAAAAUGUAAAUUGUGUAUCCUGUUAGGGGAUUCUUUGUAUUAUAUUAUUCAUUUAAAUGCAAUUAAAAUUGUCAAUUGAGUGCUUUGAUACCAGAGCAAUGCACGUGUUG